AUGGCUGAUCAGUACUGGCUCAACGACCAGAUGGAUUCGGACGAUGGGAUGUCCAACUUCCUGAAUCUUAAUGCGAUGAACAACGGUUACAGCCAACCACAACAGACACCAGUUCAGCCAUCCCAGGAAUUUGUCUCCUACAACGACUUUAAUGAUGUGCAAAAUUUCCAGAAGAUGAGACCUUCGCCCAACGGAAUGAAUUCCUUCAAUCCCAAUGGAACCAAUGCCACCAACGGUUCAAAUCCCAGUUCACUUUCUGGUGCCACAAACGCUGGAAUGGACCCAAUGUCGAUUUUGGAAAAGAUGCAUGAGAAACAAAAGUCGAUCGGUUCCAAUUUCGACUUGCAAGACCCACAAAUGAUAAUGAGGCAGCAUCAAAGUACGUCAAGUACUCCUGUUUCGUCGUCGUUUUCGCCAAGCAUGAUGAACCAGACAGCUCGUAUGCAGAUGCAGCAACAACAACAGCAACAACAACAACAACAGCAGCAACAGCAACAACAACAACAGCAGCAGCAACAGCAGGAGCAACAACGUCAACAACUUCUCAGACAGAAACAAGCUCAAGCUCAAGCUCAAGCUCAGGCACAAGCUCAGGCACAGGCACAGGCUCAAGCUCAAGCUCAGGCACAAGCUCAGGCACAGGCACAGGCACAAUCCAAUCAGCAACAGCAGCAUAGUCAGUUCAUCGCUCAGCAACAGCACCAAGCACCCAGAAACCAACAAGUGCAGCAGACUUCGCGCCAACAGGCAUUCCAGCAAAUGCAACAGCAGCAGCAGGCAAUGCGUUUACAACAGAUUCAGCAGCAGAGUAUGGGUUCUCCUGAACAUAUCAUGGGAUCGCAGAUGUCAACUCCAGUAACUGACCAUUCACAACUGGAUAUGCGUCCGCCAAUGGGUGCAAUCCCACAAAGAGUUUCGAGCAUGCCAGUGCAGCCUCAACAGGCUCAACAAGUUCAGCAGCAAAAAAUGCCUCAACAGCCAAUUCCUAACCAAAAUCCUAAUCAGAGACCUAACCAGCAGAGACAGAUGAACCAGGCCCAGAUGAACCAGGCCCAGGCAGAAUUGUUCAUGAUGACCCUGAACGAUUUCUUGAGGCAAAGAGGCAUCCAGCUACCGCCUACACCCAUAAUAGAUGGAAAGAAAGUGCCUCUUUUCUUUCUUUAUCUCUUGGUUUCCAGAUUGGGGGGCUCUGAGAAUGUAACCAAAACUGCAAAAUGGCCGUUUGUGGCUUCCAAGUUCACCAUUGCAGUUGAGACAAACCCCGCUGCCGUCCGUGAGGUUGAGAAUGUCUACAGACAAAUUUUACUGCCGUUCGAGAAAUACGCUUCAACACCUCAAGGUCAAAAGGAUCUGUAUCAGAAGAAGGCUUACCUGCAGCAACAGCUCCAGGCAAGACACCAAAGACAGCAACAGGCUCAUUUACAACCUCAGCCUCCAGCUCAAGCUCGUUCCACUUCUCAACCACAUCAACCCGUUCCACAACCUUCUCCGUAUCAGCAGCAGAGACAGUUUACUGCUCCUUCGCCUAUGAACCCACAAAAUCCGAUGCAGCAACGGUCUUCCCAGUCUUCAUUGGCAUCGCCUCAGGGCAUCAUUCCCACACCUCAGAGAAACUCCCCGGCAGAGUACAUUCCAGCCCAGGUUAACCGGUCGGGCGAUCCGUCCCCACUGCCUGGUCCAGGUCCGCAGUCGGCGCAACCCCGGUCAAGAACAACUUCUCGGAAAUCGUCUUCUGCAAAACCCGUGACUACGGAACCUGCUGCUCCUGAGAUCAUCCAUAACUAUGUGCCAUUCCAAAAGCUGGUUGAACUGAACGGUGGCUACGACGUGAAAAUGCUUGCUCAACUAAGCGAUCAAAUUGACCAGGCUAGACCUGUCUUUCUGUUUGCACCUGAAUUGGGUGCUGUUGAUGUGCAUGCCUUGACUAUGUCAUUAUCUGGUGGAUUGGACCCAGAGAUCAACACUGCUCUGAAUACACUCUUGGUUGUCUCCACCGAUAGCAAUCUAAUGAUCCCACUGUCAGAAUGUCCCGAGCUUUUAGAUGCGAUUACGAUGGUUGGGUCUUCGUCUUUGAAAAAGCUGGUUGGGUCCGAUGGACUCAAACGUGAUGACCUGUACCAGAAAUACGAGAGUGAUGUUCUCUUUCCCACGAAGAUCGACGAGAUAUUUGACCAACAAAGUGUCAGUAUGAGUGGAGAGAAGGAUGUCACAAUCACCGUGGACUCAUUCACUGCUGGCCAUAUCGGUGAAGCGAUUGUAUACCCAGACGCUGAGAAGAUCAUCGUUGAUUUGGAUGACGAGAGUGAGUUAGAAGACGACGACGACGAGAUGAAGAGCAGCAAUGCGACAUCCUAUUCUUCGCCUUCCUCACUGGAUUCUUUGUCCUUAGGCGAUGACUUGACGUAUUUCAAUCUUCCAUACUACAUGGAUGUGCUGAUCAAGUGCAGGGAGGAAACUGAAAAUGUGUUCAGCGAGAUUCAUAGCAGGUCUUACAACGAUAACCGUAUCAUGCUGUUGGAGCAGCUGAGUACAGUCACAAUGAUUUUGAGAAAUCUUUCAUUCAUGGAAAGAAACAGUCACUUUUUGGCAUUUAGUUCUCCGCUCUUGGACUUCGUCUUCCAGCUUCUCUACGAAGUUGCUUCAAACCCCAAGAAGUUCAUCUUCUCUAGAAAGAGAUUAUGUUUCUUGAAGGAUGCUGCUCUGCUGCUUACCAACAUCUCACACUUGGUUCAGUUGAGAUCUGCAAAGGAAGCGUUGUUGGUGAUCAUGUUGGCGGCAUCUUUUGGGAACAGUCUUAAGAAGUCUGAGAUCGAAGAAGGUUUGUUGAUUCCUGAGUAUUUACCACAAUUUCACAAAUACCAGCCAUAUGGUAUUGACAUACUGAGCAAGCUUAUGGUGAGAGAUAACCCCAACAAGCAACUUUUCACAGCUGUUGUUACUGGCGAAAUUCAAAUGGAUCUGUCCAUCCCAAUGACCGAAUCGCAGAAGGAGACGGUAAAGAUGAUCAGGUUGUACGCGGGUGAACCCAAGGAUGGGAAGUUGAUCACUAACAUGUUCACUUUCUGCUUAUCUGUUGUUCCAUUGAAUCUACUUUCGAGGGGAGUGGCGGCUGUUGCCGAGAGGUCAGUAACAAUCUACGAGGCUCUCGUUGCAGCCAGAAUGCUGGUCGAAAUGGUGUCCCUGGACACUUUCAGUGAUAAUGUUGUACUGAAAUGGCUUAGCUCACCAGAAGGGAUCGGGGCUGGUUUACUUAACCUGGGAUUCUCUCUUGCUGCUAUAGCUGUGAAGACCAGAGAGAACCACAAACUGGGUCUCAUUGCAAGCGAGAGUAUCGGCCUUCUGAACUCACUGCUGGGAAAAGCCAUUGAGUUUUCGGAAACGACCAAGGAAGGUAUAAUGGAUCUCGCUCGUCUGCCCAGACUGUUUCCUUCUGUUGAGAACUUUGUCGGUGCAAUCGUCACCUCCAGUACAGAUUCGAGAGUUAAGGCUGAAGCCGUGAUUCUUGCUGAGCAUGUAUCUAAGCUAUAUCAGCUAGUCCAGCAUGUGCUUACUGAAUGA